CUUGGUCUCGUGUUUUUUUCAUAGAAUGAUACAGGAGGAGCAGGUACACUCGGUGGUAAUUUUGUUACAUUUCUUAAGACACGGCUGAUGUGUUCGGUUGGAAGUGAAUAUCCAUUCAUCUUUAAUGAAAUCCAGGAUGUGUUCCAGUCUCCUAGUUAUGAUACUGAUAAUCUCAUUUAUGGAUUGUUCACAAAUCCCAAUGCGGGAUUAUCAUCGACUGCGAUCUGUCGGUAUGACAUGUCUGAAAUUGAUAAACUGUUCAAUGAAGGUACGCGCCGAGGUCAGCCAAGUACUGAUAAGCAGUGGCAAAGUAUUAGUAUAGAUGCUGAGGACACCGUGGCAAGAAGGAGUUGCAGCGACAUAUUCCCGUCAAGUCUAUACACCUACCUGAGGGACUAUCCUUUAAUGAACACCAAUGCUCCAAAUUGUGGCCUGACAACAACGUGCGACGACUACAAUCGUGAGAGUGAUGAAGCUCUGGCUGUCUUUGAGGGUAUUCGUGGCCAGCAGCUUGUAGUUUUGAAUGACACUGGAAUUAAAGUUUAUGUUGGCACUAAUAACAAUACAGUCUAUGAAGCAUCCAUCAAUAGUUCUGCUGUCAUCAUCACAAAGCAGAUUAACAUCAAGGCUGACAUUUCAAUGCUUACUGAUCAGCAGAUACAAAACAAGUGGCCGCUUGCAGUAACUCACCUUGAAGUAAAUGGUGGUGAUAUCAUUGGCACCCUGGACAACAUGGUUUUCAAGUUUACACCAGACACCAUGGAAGGUGGGCAAAUCCUUGAUCGGUCACCCUCUGUCUAUGAGGUUUACUUCCCCAAAAAUGUACCUGAUGCCACAGUCGAAAUCUUCAAACUCUUUGAGGGACCAAGCAGCUCAGACAUCACAGCCUCAUUUUCAGGGGACUUGAUGAUCUAUAAUUGCUCUCAAAAAACCUUCAGGUCCAGUGGGAGCGGAAAGAGGGAAUUCCUAGCUGUUCUCUGUGAGAUUAGUGAAGUUAGUAGUAAUACCACUUUAGUUAUCACAGUCUCCAGUGACAGCGUUGGCCUUACCAACACCUCUCGUGUAGCAGUCAUCUUGGACGAAACAGCACUUGCCGAGUGUGAUCCAUCGCAGGUUAACCAAUAUGACCAUGAUAUGGCCGACUACAGGUAUCGGUUCAAGAAUUGGCUAAAUAAUCAUGUGACUUGUGAUGCUGGUACAAAAGAUACCUGUCCGAGUGCCAGCGCUCCUGGAAUGUAGGACCCCUCAAUUCAUCCAAAUAGUCAAUGGCGAGUCUUAUCAAUCACCUCAUUCGUCGAAUUUCAUCAGAUAGCUAAUUUCUACUUUGAGGCCUCACCCAUCGUGAAGCGAUCACCAAAAUCCCCCCUCUGAUGUUAUUCUGAAUUCAGAGUAAUCCCGAAUCUAGAAUCAGCCGUUUAUUGGUGACUUGUGCAAAAUGCAUGACAAAACAAUUGUGAAUGUUGAAAUGCUGAAAAGAAAUGUAAAAAAAACGUUUGAACUAUGGAUAAUGGAUGGGUUUUAUUAUUUGCUUUUAGUUUUAUUUGCAUAAUAUUUCUAUGUCAUGACUCAAUAGGUUCGGUUGGAAAUUAUAUUUCAUGAUAUUUUUGUUUGAUUAUUUCUUAAUUGUCAUGAGCAUAGUUUGGGUCACAUUACUUUUGUGCUGUAUGUGAAAUGCAUUUAUAUGGGUGUAAAAAUUACACAAACUAUUUUCUGUCUUUUGUGCAUAGAUAGUCCCAGGACCCUCUUUCUUUAUGUCGUGCAUUUUUUUUUUGUACCAGUGUUUUCAUUUAAAAAAAUUUAGUAUGCCAAAAGUAAUCGGUAGCGGCAGCCCUUAUCUUUGCAAGAUAAAAACAGUUGUGCCUGCAUUUCCAAGGCAAUAUUACGUACUAGGAAUUAUUGAUUCUCUCUCGAUCACCAUUGCCCUGGAAGCAUUUCAUGAAACGGGAAGUCAGUGGUUUUUGUCUGUGUUAUAGGCUACUGAAUCCUUGCAUCUGAUUGGCUCAGAGAAAAUUUGAAUUUCACUGACAUAUUGCUUCAUGUUUGUAUUACUAGUAACCUACAAUUCAGUCAAUAUGGAUGGGAGUCUUUACCCACCACUUUUCUUUUUAUUUCUUGCCCAAAGAACAUUAUGUCUUGCCUUUAUUGUAUUUUAAUUUUCAUGCAAUUUUUUGCCACUUUUUUUUUCAAAGGCAUUUUAUUGCAUUGUAUGCAUGGAAGGACAUCUUAUUUUUCAAAAUAAAAAAGAAUUGUAAGUUUAUAAUAAGAAUUAAUACCUUAGAAAAGAAAUGGUCUGUAUUUUCAUUCGUAAGGUAACAAAAUGGAUCCUAAUAUUGUGACUGGUUGCACGCACACACAUGAAUGGUCAUUUACAUUGCCUAACCCAUAGAUGUACUAAUGACCUGUGAUGAGUGGUAUAGUUAAGUCUAGUGACUGCUCAUGGCUUUGAGGGGAGCAUGGUUUAUCAAGUAACAAGGAUCCACAUCAAUAUCUUACAAAAUAUGAUACUAUCUUAUGAAACAUAAUACACAUUAUUUUGCUUGGGCAAUAGCAUAAUUACCCGCAUUUUGUUAUCUUCCAAAUUGUUCCAAUUGUACCUUGUGUGUGUAAGUCUUACUAAUGACUUGGAUGAUGUAUAUUGUCAUUUGUAAACUUUGCCCUUAACACACACACUGAUUAAACAGUUGAUGGUGGGAAUAAAUCUGUAUAUUCCCUGGCCGUGAAUGUCAACUUUCUGAAACAUAACAAUCUAAAAUAAGCAUUCCUAAUUUAAUGUAUUGUUUAAAGUUGUCGGAGUGAAUUUUCAAGCAUGUAUAUGUAAAGCUUUUAUUAUUUCAAUGAUUGCUGUUUAAAUGCCAAUGGAAAUUUCUUAUACCGGUAAAUAGUUAGAUGCUCUUGAAUAGGUAUAAGGCUUGUAGUGAGUUAUUGACAUCAGUUGAAAUAAUCUUUGUAUUUUCUGCUUUGUAAAGAAAGUAAAAAAAACACACAAACAAGGAUGUAGGUAUUAAACUUUUUUGAUGAAGAUAUAAAUGGUCUUAGAGAUUUUGCAUCAUUUAGAAGAUAAUCAUCUAACAAACAUCUAAAUGUAUAUUAUUAGUAUAUUGCAGAACAUCUAUAAUAGAUUGCUUUGCUAAAGCUAUGUUUGUAUCUUCUAAAAAAUUUACCAUUAAUUAAUUUAAACAUGUAACAUUUACAAAUGCUUAAUCCGAGAAUAACCAAGAUGUAUAAAGUGUGUAUCAGUAGUGCCCAUUUUAAUUAUAUUUUAAACCGUAUUUGCCAUUGCAGCUUUGUGUAUGAAAUGAUUGUAUCUUGAAGAACUAAUUUGAAAACAAAUAGCCAUAUUCUGUACAAGUGUUUGCACUUGAAAAAUGAGUAAUGGAAGUAUGAAAGAAAUGAAAGCUGAAAUAUCCAUGUUUCUCAAAGAUUGAGUGCUAUCACAAAAUACUACUAAAAGUCCAUCAAGAUGUUCAGAUGUUGCUAAUCUAGUAUUAUUAGGUUCUACUGGAAGCAUGUACAUAUAAAGCAUUUAUAUAAUUUUUCUAGGAAGUAUUGUGCCAAUUUAAACUGCUUUUGAAAAAUUGUAUUUACCAUUAGAGCUACAUUUAUUACUGCAGUUGUGUCGUAUAUGAACACUCCUUUAAUAAUUAAAAUAGACGCAUGUAUUUGUCACAGAACACAAAAUGUGAUGCAUUAUUAAUGAAGAUUGCAUAUUGAAUCGACUUUUUAAAAAAAUGCAAGGUUGGCUUGUCUUUUUUACUUCAUCUCAUUUUUAGAAAACAGGUGAGAUGGGGCCGAAUACCAUGAUAGCUCUAUUCAGGUUAUUGUGAAAGGUAGAUGUUAUUUGGAAAGACAAAUGCAUUUCAUUGGCAGAAUGUAAAGAUGCAUGUAUGAAAAUGAAAUAUGAUAUGGUUUUAUGAUAUGAAAACAAAAAGUAUUGCCGUGCAUGCCAUACUGUAGCAUGUACUUGAUAACCCUUGAAUAUAGCUGCAUUUAAAGCCUACCUGCUUUCAAAAUAGUUUGUUUGAUGUCAUACUUAGUAUGAGAUUAACAUGAUCAUGUGACUUUUCACGUGACUUGAUAUAGUCUGAUUGGUAAGGGUUGUAUAUGUAUGUGCAUGUUUGGCUGUACUUAGGUUUAGUACAUUUAAGUGUAAAUGCAUGGAAUGUAUAUAUUAGAAGGGUGGUAAUCAUCAUAUUGUUUAUAAUGUAUUUUAUAAGAUUCAUAUUAAUUUUCAUUAUGAUGUGUAUAUUUGAACUCCGGUGUGAUUUUCUUGUUUAUUCUGGCAAUACCAUUUGGGAAAGUCUCAACCUUAUAUGAAGUCAGUUUUUAUUUUGGAAUUUAGGAAACAGGUCACUACAGUAAAAAAGAAAAAAAUCCAACUGCAAUUUGCAACUCUGACAUGCAGUAUUCAACAUUGCAAAAUACAAUCAGUAUUUUUGUCAUCCUCCAAUACCGGCAAAACAAUUUUAUUUCAGAUAUGUUUAGAGAAUAGCUAGAAAGAAAGGAAGCCUAUUACAUCACAUAUUAACGUGGUGUGAAAAAUUUUGAAGAAGUAGAAAAAUGAUUAAAUGAACGUAGAAAUAUAUUGAAAUAAGGUUUGAAAUCAUUAAAGGUUUAAAAUCAUUAAUUGGCAACAGACUGGGAAUUCCAAUCCAUUCCUUCAUCGAUUCAAGAUUUGCCAUAUCUGAUCUUAACAAUUUGUUUUUACAUAUAUACAGUGUAUACUGUGAGAUGAGGCAUUGCAAUCAAUCUAAAAAUAGCAGCUCUGUAAAAGUUAGAAAAAAUGCAUUGCAAUUUUUAGGAAUAUAUCAAAUAGUCCCUAGAAUUAAUGUUAUUGUGAAUGAAAAUAAACCAAGUCAUGUUGGAUUGGACAUCCCUUAAAAGAUUAUCACGAAUUUGGGAAAGUUCUCUUCAGAAUAUGGUUUGUCAUGUAAAUUCUGCUCUUUUCUGUCAUGUUAUAUCGGUUAAUAUAUAAUGCUAUAUUUAAAUUUACUUAUACAAUAACUUUAUAAAAAGAAUAAGUGUCCUUGUUCACUGUGCAUGUGUGUCAAAACACUAGCGGUAAUUUUCUUGAUAUUCAUGGAAGGCAUACCACAGAUACCUAAUAUGUAUUAUUACCUAGUCAGUAGUUUCAUGCCUGUCCACUUGGGUCAGUAUUCAAUUCGAUACUUAACCCAGAAUUUUAAGUAUUUUACUCAUAUUUUGCUAAAGUGAAAUACUUAUCUAUCUUUGGUAUUCAAUUGCAUUUUUGGGCUAAGUGUUUUGCUUAAAUACAUGUCAGCCGCCUAUCAGACUUAAGUCUGGAAAGAGUGCAGUUUACAAAUGUGAUUAGCGCAGUCAUUCAUUCUGCUCACAGAUGGAUACAUACAUUGAACAUUAUUUGACUCAUUCUUUAUGACGUCACAAUGGUUGUUUGUGAGUAUUUUGCUUAAAUUUGGCUUCAGUAAAAUACUUACAAAAUCAAUGCUUUUAAUUGAAUACCGGCCCACUUAUUUAAGCCUUGAGCUUUUGUGUCACUCUUAUUAUUGAAUAUAAGUACAAUAUUGGUAACUAUUAUCAGGAUUCCCCUUUAGCAACUGGGUGAAGAGUGGCAGACACAGAUCAACAUCUCACUGGAAACAUGGUCACACACAAGGGAAGGGGAAAGUUGUCCCCACCUUCUCAAAAAUGUUAGAUUUUCAAAAUAUGCUUUAUUGCAAAUUUUCACAAAAUAUGUGUAAAAAUGUGCACCAGAAUCCCUGUGUUCAAUUCGAAAAUUCAAGUCAUUUCAAUUUUAAUUUUGUUCACAUUGCUUAUUAACCAUAACCCCCAUAUAUAUGUGACAUAUACAAAUAUGAUAUGCACAUGAUAAAUAAGAAAACAUCUAGGCUUAAAAAAACAAAAUGUAUACAGAGUGUGCUCAUAAUCAGCUCAGUUGAUUUGCUUCCUGACCUUCCCCCUAAAAAAAUAUCCUGGUGUGUGACCCCAUGAGUUCAUGGCAGGUUGACGGUGGGCUGAGAUUUGAAUUCUAUACCAUGUGAUUUACAGGUCAUUGCCAUAUACACACCAGACCGCUACACCUCUUAUGAUUCAGUCACAACUCAGAGCGGAGCCGACCGAUUAGUAGCCUGCUCGGGCGCUGCUGGAAUUCAGGCACCACAUAACAAUUUUCUUUGUAGAAGUCGAGCGGGCUGUAAAAGGACCUAUCAGUGGUUGAGCAAUGCCCUGUUGAUUACCCAUUACUCGAGGCCAAAUUUGCGUCAAACCAGGGGAACUUUUCUUCUGUGUGGUGUCUGAGCAGUGAUCGGUUGACGACCCACAAAUUCCUGGGCAGUCUCCCACCGGCCUAUUUUCAAGAAAUCACCUGAUUGAUCUUGAAUUUGCCACGAGAUCAUCGACUGAUCUCUGACCAGCCGGCGAGCGGCCGAUGACUGCUCGACAUUUGACAGUGACUGCUCGAUUACAUCGGCACCCGAAUGGCGACCACCAGGGCACCGAGCGCAUUUAGUGAAAAGUGAGCAGGUACCGCCAGAAGUUUAAAUCUUGAGUGGCAACCGAGCGAUUCCCUCAGAAACAUUGGUGCCCGUACUGUCGCUACUGGAUGCCCAGGCUUUAUUGACUAAAAACUCACCGCCCGGUCGCCAAGCAGGCUAAUUUUGAGGGUUGUGACCUUAGCCUUUUCAUGUGUAGAGCGAUAUUGGUCUCUUCAUAUCAAUAUUGUAAAAUGGUGUAGAUAAUCAAGAGUGUAUUUAGUGGUUAUUUGAUGGUAUUUUAUUCAUUCAAUAUGGAAAAUUUGUUUGGUAUCAACAAGGGGUUACAUCCACUAUGUAUAGAUCAUAUCAGCGAAAAAUAGUAUUGCCUAUCAGAUUUUGUACAGGCAUUUACAGCAAUGUGAUUUUUUUAUUAAAAUUUUUAGAAAAUUUCUCAUCAAAUUGAGAUUAUUUAAAGAAGAGGACAAAAGUACUUUGAUCUGAUAUCAACGACUUUGUGUUAUAUAUAAAAGGUGAAUUUAGCCCCUUCAAAGAUACAUUUUGUAAAAUUUACUCAGAGAAUAACAUUUCUCACUCUUGAUUGACAACUCAAAUUAAUUUGCCUUUCUGUAUAUUGUCUUUCUGUAAUCCUAUGCUAUAUUACUCUUUGCACAAUAUAAUAUAUAAAUAAAUAUGUUGUUUCCAAAUUAUACAAAAUAAGCAAGAAAAAUUUAUAUGUAAUGAGUCGUUUAUUUGGAAUAUUCUAUCAAUGAUUAAGUGAUAUAGGACUGUAUCCCUGGUGUUUUGAUUUUGAAUGAUAAGUGUUUAGAAAACUUUUUGAUAGACUAAUAAAUAAGACUGCAAUGCAGCUACUGUCUGAAUUUAAUGGAUACAGAAUAAACCCAGAUUAGCUGUGAAGAGUGACCUAUGAUUUCUGGACUUACAAUUAAAUUCUAAAUUAUUUUAUUCAAUCUGAAAUUAUUAAGAUUUAAUUCUUGAAGAUCAUAUUUGAAAUCAAUGGGCUGCAUUGAUCACUUUUUACAGCCAAUUUGGGUCUUUAUUUAAUCCAUGAAAAUUUGAGCGUAUGUUUGUAUUUUUUUACUUUUUUUGUGUGUUUCAUUUAUUUAGAAUAAACAUUUGUCAUAUCAUGUUUAAAAUAGUAUUAUGAUCAGUCUGUUUUAAUUCAUGCUGCCUGCUCUGGCAAAAGGAAGCAAGUGCUUAUGAAACGAAUUUGAGUGUAUUGAAAUACUGCAUUAUACCCAACAAGGGCAACUGUUGAAUUUCAAGAAUGGGAGGGGGGUGAUGGUACUUCUAGUUGAGUCACUUUUUCUAAGAAUGAAUUGACAAGCAAGAAUAGAAAAAUCUUGAUGCCUAAAAGGAUGUAUAUUGCAGGGUGCUACAUAACUUUUUAGAAGUGCUUGCCAGGUCGGGCAAGUAAAUUUUUAAAUAGUUGGAAUAUAUUUGCCCAAAAAUCUAUUUCACUUGCCCCAAAAAAUCCUUGAAAAAAAGUUUUACCUCUUCAUAAUGACCUCUACUGUGAGAAUUUGGCUUUCUACUGUGUGAAUUUUGCUUGCCCAUUUCGGGCAAGUAGUUUUGGUCUUAACUUCAAAACACUUGCCCAACUCUAACUUUUACUUGCUCCGGUCAAUUGGGCAAGUGCUUUUGUAGCACCCUGAUAUUGCAUCUCUCAUGCCAAAGGGGAACACUAUAACUUCAAAAAGGAGGUAAUUCUGAUAAAAUGGGAUAAUCAUUGUACAAUUUUGGCAAAUUUACGGGGCACUUGCCCCUAAUCCCCCCCCCCCAUCCAUGAUGUGAUACCUAGGAUUUGAUUUUUAUGACCCAGAUUGGAUGCAUAAAAGGGCAAGUUCACACUGACAACAAUUUAAGUGUCAAACUAGCAGAUAAAUUUUAAUAAUAUUGGUGAAGGUUUGAGUAAAAUCCAUCAAAGAUUUUAUAAGUUAUUAGACUUUUUGUGACGUCAUAUGCAAGCAGCUUCCCCAUAUAUCGUAUAGUAGAAAAUCAAUAAACUGUACAGUAACUGUACC